AUGCGAAGAGCAUGGCGUGGAGAACGAGGAAUUCGUAGAGGAGGCUUUCACCCCAGAGGGAGAGGAAAAUACGGUAUGGACGACCCUAAUGUCCAAAAAUCAAAAAAACUCUCAUGGGCCCUUAGGCACGGAUUCCAGCAAUUAGGCUUAACCAUGAAUCAAGCUGGUUAUAUCAAGCUUACUGAUAUUCUCGCCCAUCAAGAAUUUUCCACUUAUAGUCUUGAAGAAGUCCUUGAUAUAGUCGCAAGGGACGAAAAACAAAGAUUUGGGAUUAUCUUAACCAUUUCCUUCAUUAAUUAUUUAAAAUUAACCCAUCUUAUAAUGAACAAAAAAUUUCUGUCAUAAUGAGUUAGAAAAGAAAGAAUAUUGGAUCAGAGCCAAUCAAGGCCAUUCUAUAAAAGGCGCUGACGAUAGUUCUCUAUUAAGAGAAAUCACCAACCCAGCAGAAUUCCCUAUAGUAGUCCACGGGACUUAUAAGACAAACGUAGAGUCAAUUAGCAAGCGUGGGCUUAAUAGAAUGCAAAGAAACCACAUCCAUUUCGCAACAGCAAUCCCUGGAGAAGAAGAAGUCCUCAGUGGUGCAAGAGCUAACUGUGACGUUUUUAUUGAAGUUGACUUACCCAAAGCUAUGCAGGAUGGCAUCAAAUUUUUUGUGUCUGAAAACAACGUGAUUUUAACCUCAGGGAUACACGGAAUUUUGGCGCCAAAAUAUUUUAACUCCCCCCCCCCCCCCGUGAGCGAACAAAAAAAUUUUGUUCGCUCACGGAGGGGGGUUAAUUUUUUUUUUUUAAAAAAAUUUAUAUAUAAAUUUUAUAAAAAAAAUAUAUUUUUUUCGAAAUUUAAAAAAAUCCUAAUUUGCAAAAAUUGGGAAGCAAAUAUUAAUUUAAUUUGCAAAAUUUAUGUUUUAAAACGCAAUUUGUUUAAAAAUUAAACAGAAUUAGCUCUAGAUUUCAUUAUACUAAUUAUCACUUAUAUAUCAAAAUUUUUUUCCAUUAAAAUUUUUUCUAUUAAAAAAAUUUUUGUUCACUCACGGAGGGUGGGUUUUUGGUCAAAAAAUGGCGAUUUUUCUAAUGGUUUUGUUCGCUCACGGAGGGGGGGGGGGAGUAAGAAAAUUCUUAUUGAUAGAGCAGAAGUCAAUGUAAAAAGCAAAACCUUGGAUUUAGAUUAUAGAUUAUUACAAUAAAUAAUAAUUUUUUUGUAUAUUUUUGAUAAUUAUUUAAUUGAAAAUGGGGAUAUUUGUUAAUUGUUGAUACGAAAUUUACGUGCUUGGAAACUGGAAAACCUAAAUGUGAAGAAAUAAUUGAAAUGAGAAUUUCUGCAUUGAACUGUAGAACAAGAAGGGUUGAGCAUCAGUUUAAUAGCUAUAUAAAGCCUGAGCUUAUGUCAGUUCUUGGUGAUUUUUGUAUAGAAGCUACUAAAGUGGCUCAACAAAUGGUUGAUACAGCCCCACAUUUAAGGGAUUUACUAUAUUAACCUAAAUUAAUUUUUUUAAUUUAUAAUUAUUUUUUAUAAAAAUUUAUUUUCAGUUCAGUCAACCCGAGUAUAAACGAUUUUCAUUCUUGGUUACAAAACACAGGAAUUUUCAGCAGCUGCUGGAUUAUAGCUGUCCACAAAGACACAGACAUAAAAUUGCUUAUUAAAGAAUUCAACCACAAAAGAAUAGAAAACCACGAAUAUUGGAACCAUUGGAUUGAGCUCACAAACCUAAUCCCUGACAAAAAUGAGCUAAAAUCCAUCCCUGAGAAGCUUGAAAUAGACUCCACUGGCAACCUUCUCGACGACCUAAUCAGAAGCUUUAUUGCUCUUUUUGAAGCCAAUCUUCACAUCUACGAAAGCGACGUCCAGCAUCGCGCAAAUAAAGCUCCAGUCAACCGUCCUCCUUACGCAAAUCCGCCACUUCCUCCAGCCCGAGAAGAAACUAAAGAAGAAAUCAUCGAAAAACAGCUAAAAAGUGAGUCAUAUUUUUUUGAUUCUUUAUUAGUAUUUUUAUUUGAUACUGUAAAAGAUAAAGAAAGAGAAGUCGCUGUAGCCCUCUAUGUCUGCCUUUACGAUCUCAAUCACAAAAAAGUAUUUUCCCAUCACAAGAAGCUGAUAAAGCCUGAUAAAGGGGUAGCAUUUGACCACCAAGCAAUUUUAGGAAUAAGUGAAAGAAUUUAUUAUGAAAAAGCCUCAAAUUUUGAUGAGUUCGAAAAUUAUUUGAAAUCGCUGAUUUCUCAGCCACAGCUUGGAAGAUGUGCACUUGCAGCUUUUUCUGAUAGAGAAAUUAGAGAAAUAAUUCCAAGGACAGGAUCGAUUACUGAUCAAGUAUUUUUUAAAAGAUGGAUAAAUUUAUACAAAAAUGCUUAAAAUUUGGAAAAAAUGAAGAAAAUUAUAUAAUAGGAAAUUUAAAGGGAAAAGCUAUAUAUAAAUUCCUCACAAAGCAGCCACAGGACAGUGAAAACAAUUUCGCAUCACUAAUGGAAGGAUUUAAUAGGCCUAAAGGUGCAAGACUUAACGGAGAAGCCAAGCUAAAACAUUUAAUUGACGCCUUGACAGUUAGACUGCUGAACAUGGAAGAGAAAAUCCACACUUCUAACUUCACUUAUCUUUAA